AACUGACUAUUAAAGCAUCUUUCAAAUGCUAUUACCUAGAAACGCGUAUUCUUGUUUAUUGAGAAACCCAAGAUAUUUUAAGUGAAUUUUAAAUCGAUCUUCUCUCUUGAUGCCCAUUUCAACAUGUCUGCUUCUGAGGUCCCACCUGAACUGCCAAAGUUCAUUGGUAAAUUCACCAAAGAAAUUGUGCAGUAUCAACCAGAUGAUAUAAUCGACUUCUCCAUCAAGUACUUCACAGCAUUAGUGAAAGGAGAGUGUUUUUCAAUGGAGCGUAAAGCCUUGGCACUCACCCCAGAAAUAUUAGCUUCCCUACAUGAGCAGUUAUCCGACAGAGGAAAAAUUAAUAGGUCUGACCUGGCAGUGUUCUGGAAACUUGUGAACAUUGAGGAGGACACCUUGAACCACAUCCUCUCUCUGGGACAGUUUGAAGAUCAGAUUGAGUGGGACAAGUUCCUGGCCUCGUGCUGCAGUUAUCUUGGACAGACUAUCAAAGAGGCGUUGACUCAGGCCUGCUACACAAUGAACUCUGACCCUGAUUGUAAGCCCCCGGACGCAUGCGUGCCCUUCGGAACCUUCCAGAUGCUCUACAAGUUCCUAGCAGAGAAGGAUGGAAAUGUCCUGAAGGAACAGAUAGACGGCGUACUGACACAUCUGAGGGGGAAAGCGGAAUCAAGCAAUGGUGUGGUGAAGGUGUCUGACUUCAUUCAUUUACAACUUGAUCUAUUGCCAUCAAGACACAGUGUCUAACAGAUCACCUUUCUUAAGGUGUAAAUAAAAAUACAUUUGUCAGAUAAAGAAUGUGUAACAAUAAAUGUAUAUUUCUGUCAAACAUUGUAAUUUGAUGAGAACUGAGUUUGUAUGUGUAUGUUUGUAAGUGCGUGCACAUUAGAAUUUUUGCAUUCCUGCAUGUGUGAGUGUGUGUGUGUGCAUAUGUGUGUGUGCACUCUCCAGAGACCCUGCCCCAGCCCUUGGAACAGGCCCUCCCACAGAUGGUCCUGCUGGGUCACCGGGUGCCAGGAUGUUAAAGGCUUCCUCCACACACACGGACACUACACACACACACACUAUAUAUAUAUAUAUAUAUAUAUAUACCAUUAUUUCUAGUUAUUUACAGCAUGCUUUCGAGGUGCUUUGUUGUGCAAUGCAGUAAGCAGUCCAUUGCUUUUC